AUGUCUGGUGUGUGGGUUUUUGACAAGAAAGGAGUGGCAAGGCUCAUAACCAACCCAACAAGGGAAUCCUUCGAGCAGAAGCACCCACCACAUCCUGGUGGCACAGCCACCGCUCCCGGCGCCCGACCAAGAGUCCUCAUUUACCUCCCAACCAACCAGGUCAUUCGUUCCUACACCGAACUCGAACACCGACUCACCGAACUCGGUUGGACUCGCUACCGUAACUCGCCCCCCUCAGACCUCAUCCAGUUUCAUCGCUCCGACACCUCCACACACCUCAUCUCCCUCCCCAAAAACUUCGCCAACUUUAAGCACUUUCACAUGUACGACAUCGUCGUUAAAAAUCGCUCUUUCUUUCAAGUUCGUGACCCCACUACGUUAUACGAAGCCUAA